AUGCGUUCCGAUUUCUCUAUCUCCCUACCAGAAGAAAUUCAACAGCAGAUUGUGCGAGAGACCUUCCAUCUAGUUCUCAAACGGGAUGACAACAUCUGUAACUUCUUGGAGGGUGGAAGCUUGAUUGGUGGUGCUGAUUACAAACUGAUUUAUCGGCACUAUGCUACCCUCUACUUUGUAUUUUGUGUGGAUUCAUCGGAGAGUGAACUUGGGAUCUUGGACCUCAUCCAGGUUUUUGUGGAGACCCUGGAUAAAUGUUUCGAAAAUGUUUGUGAAUUGGAUUUGAUCUUCCAUAUGGAUAAGGUACACUACAUCCUGCAGGAGGUGGUGAUGGGAGGGAUGGUGUUGGAAACAAACAUGAAUGAAAUCGUGGCUCAGAUCGAAGCUCAGAACAGGCUGGAGAAAUCGGAGGGCGGCCUCUCGGCAGCCCCCGCCCGGGCCGUGUCCGCUGUGAAAAACAUGAACCUGCCCGAGAUCCCUCGGAACAUCAACAUCGGUGACCUCAACAUCAAAGUCCCCAACCUGUCCCAGUUCGUCUGAGGGGUGAAGGCUCGGCUGAACUGGAGGCCUUGAGACCAGCAGAGCCAAGCCAGUCCCACGACAGAACCCACCUGCGCCCGGGAGACAACCUCGGACCUGACGCGCUGCCGGGGAGCGGGAGGGGAGCCUGUGUCGCUGUGGAGUGCUCAGUUCUCAUGUGCCGGUCUCCGACGCACGUGGCCACUGCAGAUGUGAGGGGGCCCUGGCUCCCCUAGUCAGGGGAUCAGUGUGUCCAAGUCACUCGCCCCCUCUCCCUCCCACAUGCAGCCGUUCCCAGGGUUUGGGGUUGUAUUGAGAGGCCCACCCGCUUCCCAGGACCCCCACUAGGACCUUGUCCGACUGGAGUUUUCUUCCUUAGCAGCAUGAGGCGUCUGGUCCAGUCGCAUGUGCUUUUGCCGGUGCGGUGCCACGGCUGGCAAAGGGCUGCCCUUCAGCUCUGGGAUGUGGUGAGUGGCAGCCAAGGGCCUGCUGGCUCUGCUAGCUUGUCAGCCCAGGGUCCUUUCCCGGCCACGCUUUCUGGUUACCCUCCUGCAGAGUACGUCGCCCCUGCCAUCGUCCCGGCUCUGCCCGCACAGACCAGACCCUGGGCCUGUCUGGGGGAGCACCCCCACACAGCACCUCUCCAGCCCAGCCAGAGGCGUCCCCCGUCAAAGGGGAGCAGUUUUGUGUCUGUAGAAGCUGAAGGCAGUGUAUGGAGCAUCUCAGAGUUACGACUCUUUCUGGGUUUAAAAUACAUUGUCCUCACGAGGAGCAGACGGGUCUGUCGCUGUGUUAUGAA